AUGGCUACCACUUCGAUCCAAGCUCCCAACCUCUUCAAUGUCGAGGGAUUAGUAGCAGUUAUUACCGGAGGAGGGUCUGGCAAAGCCCUGGCCCUCAAUGGCGCACAUAAGGUCUAUAUCAUCGGCAGACGGAAAGAGAUCCUCGAAGCCGCUGCGAGAUCCGUCCCAACAAACAACAUCGUUCCUCUGGUCGGUGAUGUGACAUCCAAGGAGACGCUCGCAUCUCUCGUUGGUACUAUCAUGUCAGAAGUGGGAUACAUAAACGUCUUGAUCGCAAAUUCCGGCAUCCUCGGCCCUCAGAAGUCCAUCCCUAUCACUGCAGGAUCCAGCAUUGCUGAUUUUCAGAAGGCAUAUGGAGACACUAGCUUUGGGGAAUAUGCAGCUACAUUCGAAUUGAAUACCGUUGCCGUAUGGUUUACGAUCGUGGCCUUUUUAGGACUGCUGGACGAGGGAAAUAAGAAAGGCAAUGUGGAGCAAAAGAGCCAGGUCAUCGCGACAAGUAGCAUCGGAGGCUUUAACAGGAAUGUUCCUGGUGGCUUUGCCUACGGACAAUCAAAGGCCGCCACGACACAUCUAAUGAAGCAGCUAGCGAGUCAAUUGGCCCCUUUUGGAAUAAGAUCCAAUGUUUUGGCGCCAGGAUUGUUCCCUUCUGAGCUAGCAGCCGGCAUCAUCGGCGACGGUGUUUUUCCAAGAUCCGUGAUUCCAUUGGAGAGAAUUGGGACAGAGGAGGAUAUGGCCGGUGUAAUCCUUUUCCUCACGAGUAGAGCUGGAGCCUACCUGACUGGUACUGUGCUUCUCGUUGAUGGUGGGAGAUUGAGCUUGAUGCCUGCUACGUACUAA